UUUACAUAGAGUAACGAAGCAAAUCCGAUCGAAUUCCACAGUUAAUUCCAAUAGCUAUGGCCGGAGAAACAUCGAGCAGCCGCCAAAAGAGGCAACGACAUGUAGAAGAAGAAUGCGAGAAUGGUGGAGGUGAUGCGGCGGUGGCAAGAUCUGGGACACUGGUGGACGUAGAUCUUCUCCGUUGUCCCGUUUGCUCUGACUCACUCACAAUUCCUAUCUUUCGGUGUGACAAUGGCCACAUAGCAUGUUCUUCGUGUUGUACUAAAAUGAAAAACGUAUGCCCUGAUUGUGGGGAUUCCAUUGGUGACUUCCGAUGCCUGAUAAUGGAAAAAAUCUUGGAAGCCUUCAUUGUUGGUAGAGGGUUCCUGUUCGACCUACAUCUUCUCGAUUGUCCUGUUUGCUCUAACGCACUCACUGCUCCUAUCUUUCAGGUAUUGUCUUCCUAUUUCCACGACUGUUCUCCUUAUAUUCGCAUGUUGAUUGAAAAGUGAUUGUGGUUUAUGUUUAUUGAUGAUUUUGAGUUAUUUUGUAUAAUAAUAACUAACUGUGUGGUUUUUAAUCUCAGUGUGAUAGCGGACAC